AUGUCCCUGUCCGGACACUCUGUGUAUUACCUUGGUGUCCUCACUGUGUGGUUCUGUCUGUUGGCAGUCUCUCAGGCGUAUGUUAAUGUCGCUCUCAACAAACCAGCAUACCAUAAGCACGCUGUACCAGAUAGCGAUAUAGUUGACGCCAAUAAUGCUGUAGACGGGCGUAAAUCUGACACGAAUUAUGAUGGUGGUCAAUGUGCUGGAUCAUAUGUUAGUCAAAUCGCCACCUGGUGGGUGAACCUUACCAGACUCCAUAGCAUCCAUCACAUCACUCUCUACUUCAGUACGGAUGCAAAUCCAUGGGGUCCUACCAGUCAACGCACAAGGAGCGCUCUUGGGUUCUCAAUGUACGUCUCCAAUACAACAAACAGACUACAAGGAACACUGUGUUACAAGGACGACAACUUUACAACAACCACCAUACCUACUGUCUUCACCAUCACAUGUCCUGUACAUGGACAGUACGUCAUCUACUACAACGAGAGACUAAAAGGAGUUACCUACCCUAGCGGAUACAUGAAUUAUGCUGUCAGUGGCCUCUGUGAAGUAGAGGUGUAUGUUGAAGGUUGUCCUGCUACCGGAUAUUUUGGGUCUAACUGUUCCGUUCCCUGUCUAGACGUUAACUGUCAGUACUGUCACAUAGAGACGGGCACCUGUCUGGGCUGUAAAGAUGGAUACAAGGGUCACAGAUGUGAAUUAACUUGUGACAGGGUAACAUAUGGUGCUGUCUGCAAAGAAACCUGCGGACACUGCCGUGACGUAAACCAGUGUUCCAAUACCAAUGGGACAUGCCUAACUGGAUGUGAUGCUGGUUUUAAGGGGAACUUGUGUAAAACUGUUUGUGACAGAGGGUCGUAUGGUCACGACUGUAAAGAAACAUGUGGACACUGUCGUGACGUAGACCAAUGUUCUAAUGUAAACGGGAUAUGUUUGACUGGAUGUGAUGCUGGUUAUGAAGGGGGCUUGUGUAAACAAUUUUGUGACAGAGGGUCGUAUGGUUCCGAAUGCAGCGAAACAUGUGGACACUGUCGUGACGAAAACCAGUGUUCCAAUAUCAAUGGGACAUGUUUGACUGGAUGUGAUGCUGGUUAUCAAGGAGACUUGUGUAAAUAUCCUUGCCCUGUUGGAUAUUUUGGACAAGAAUGUUCUGAGACUUGUAUCAACAGUUACACAUGUGAUGGAUGUAACGAUGUCAGUGGGUCUUGUGAUAAUGUCUGCCGCCCUGGCUGGAUUUUAACCUUCUGUCAAAAAACAAAGUAA